GGGAAACAGUCACACGUGGACUUGACACUUGCAGACUUACAGUACUGUAAAGGGGAGAAGAAACUCGGGGUCGUACUGAAGGGUGGGGAGACCGUGCGCACGUUUGCCCGAGCAGAUUCCGUGUGACUGGACAUUUCUCUGGAUCCAGUUCGACAGUUAGAAUCAGUAUGAACGGCGCUCGGGUUUUCCUGCGUUAUUAUUCCAGUGGUCUAAGAGUCACAUAUCACAAGACGCUGGACAAAAUCGAGCUUGUGCUUCCGCGAAAAUUGAGACCUCUGUACAACCACCCUGCAGGACCAAAGACAGUUUUCUUCUGGGCACCUGUUUUUAAAUGGGGAUUGGUUUUUGCUGGUUUUUCUGAUUUGACACGUCCACCAGAAAAACUGAGUCUCUCCCAAUCGUGUGUCAUCACUGCAACAGGCUUCAUUUGGUCUCGGUACUGCUUAGUGAUCAUUCCCAAGAACUGGGCACUUUUUGCAGUAAAUUUCUUCCUGGGUUUAUGUGGAAGCACCCAACUCCUGAGAAUUUGGAGGUACAAUCAGCAAUUAAAGCAGACAGCAGGUGAAGUGCAACCGUCCUGCUGAAAGCUGAAAAAAACUAACUUUCCUGGAUGACAUCAUGUCACUAAUAUAGUGCCUUAAUACAUUGUUAUUCUUCUGUAUUCCUUGUACUGAUGACUGUAUCUGAUGACUGCUAAAAUAUGACAGAUUUAAUAUUUAUAAGAAUUACAUGUUUCCAUAAAUUUUAAUAUUUAUAGUCAAAUAUUGACAUAAUGCUUUGUAUUGGCUGUGAGGGAAGCAUCAUAAAAUACAUUUGCAACUGGCUCUUAGGAAAAUUAAUUUUUGUAACCAAAAUUAAAUACUUAUGUUGAUAUGGUAAUGUCAAACAUGUUGGCUUUACGGAGUUGUACACAUUUUUUUAAGGUUUAACUGCUAGUCUGUGCAGACAUAUUCUAAAUUGCAAUAAGUGUAAAUAUAAAGCGAAAUUACAAGACUUACCAUCACCUCCAUGGUUUAUUCUUCUCCCCUUUUGGCUGCAUAGUACCGGUAAGUACUUUCAUUCCUGUUAAUUACUCUAACCGUCAGUUGCCAGCGCUGCCAUUCACAAUUAGUUAGUUUCACCAGUUUCAGAAGGAAUCUGCUUAAAUAAAGACGGCAUUACAGCACUGCUGAUAUUCAGCACUUCAGCAUGACCUUAAGUGUGAUAUUGCUUACUUAUCCUUCUAUUACUGUAGUUCAGAUCAACUGGUCAGAAUUGUAACUUUUUGGACUUGUUGGUGUUAAUCCAUGUUUAGACCUAUGCUAAAAACAUCUUACUAUGUUUAAUCAAUCAUAGAUUAAACCAAAUUCUUGUAAAGAAUCCUAAUGGAGAAGACCAGCGAUGGGAAGAAUAACAAUCCUUACUUUGCAUAAGCUUGCUAACAGGUUGCUAAUUGUUCUCAGGAACAAUACCUUGAAAUAACAAAUAAUAAAUCUGGCAUAGUUUGUGAUAAUUUUACAGCUUUUUUCCUAUCCUGUCUAACUACUGAUACACCUUUCAGUCCAGUAGGUGGCAGUAAUGGACUGAAAAGCUAGCUGCCAACUGCCAAACCCCAAAAGACUUUAUUACCUUUACAAAAAAUGAACAAAAAUGAAGAAUAUUUCUUACAAUGACUCUUUCUAUUAUAAUCAACUUAAUUAUAUUUCCUUCCUAAGAUAAAUAUUCUUGUAUACUGCAUAUUUCACUCUGUCAACACAAUUUUAAUCAUCAUAUGAAGAAACAUGAUUAGUAAGUGUGUUUCGCCUCUGUCUGUGGCUGCCCUGAGACUGCCACUAUUACUACCAAAUGCAAACUCUCCAUGUCGGACCCUUCUACACCUAACACUCUUCACUGUAAAAGACAAAAUAAAAUUCUUCAAAAAAGAA